AUGAUAUUGGCGACGGUGCAAGACGCAGUGCGGGAUGAACUGGAGUUGCUACUGGAGGUGUUGCCGGGCAGGGUAUCCUAUGCCCUGCGGCGGCGAGAGGAUCUGUCAGAGCUGUUGGAGGUGGUGCUGGAUCUGGGACGGGAGCCAGAGGCGAGGUUCGUCAGCGGCGAUGCACCCCUAAGUUCCGAAGAGGUGAGCACCGACGAUCUACAGAGCGUCAUCGAACGACUGGGCGAGUUUGGUGACGACAACCGGGCCGGCAUCGAGCGCACCCUGCACCGAAUAUCGGCCAUCCGCAACCGGCGCGGACGGGUGGUUGGACUGACGUGUCGCAUCGGAAGGGCCGUGUUCGGGACCAUCAAGAUGAUCGAGGAUCUGGCGCUCUCGGGCAAAAAUAUCCUCCUGCUGGGAAGACCAGGCGUGGGCAAGACCACGAUGCUCCGGGAAAUGGCCCGGGUCCUCUCAGUGUCAGCGAACAAGCGGGUGGUCAUCGUCGAUACGUCGAACGAAAUCGCGGGCGACGGAGACGUUCCCCAUCCAGCCAUCGGGCGGGCCCGGCGGAUGCAGGUCGCAACUCCGCUACAGCAGCAUGGCGUGAUGAUCGAGGCGGUGGAGAACCACAUGCCGGAGGCUGUCGUCAUUGACGAGAUGGGAGCAGAGCAAGAGGCGGCCGCCGCGCGCACCAUCGCGGAACGGGGAGUACAGCUGAUCGCCACGGCCCACGGGAACACCUUGGACAACCUUAUCAUGAACCCCACCCUUUCGGACCUAGUGGGAGGAAUUCAGACGGUAACCCUUGGCGACCAGGAGGCCCGGUACCGCGGCACUCAGAAGACGGUGCUGGAACGGAAGGCUCCACCGACCUUUGACGUAGUGGUGGAGAUACAGAGCUGGGAACGUCUGGCGGUGCACAGCGAUGUAGCCCACGUGGUUGACCAGUGGCUUCGUGGCUACCCGAUAGUGCCUGAAAUCCGCUGGAUCGACGAAAAUGGAGAGUUACAGCGGGCGGAAGAAGAGUACCGGACCAAUGAGGACGCUCCCGCACCCUGGAAACCGGAGGGCCGCCGAAACGGCCGCGAGCCGGGAACCGAACGCCGCAGCAGGGACCACAAUCGGGACUUUAACCGGGACUACAACCGAGAGGAAACCCGGAGCGCGGCGACUCCUCGCCUGCCGAGUCCUAUGGGCGAAAUGUCCGCGGAAGAGGCCGCAAUGGUGUCUGAAGUGCAUGUUUUCCUGUUCGGCGUGGGGAGGGACAAGCUGGAAGCCGCCAUGGUGGAGUCAGGCGUGCCAGCCCAGAUCGUCAAUGAACUGCGCCGCGCCGACGUGGUGCUCACCACCAAGACUCACUACCGGCGGGGAUCCCAACUCGUACGGAUCGCGGAGGCCAAUGGCAAGCCGGUGUUCGUUCUGCGAAAGAACUCUCUGCCCCAGCUGCAGGACUUCCUGCGCACCGUUGUGGGACAGUGGAACCGCAACGGGGGCCGGACCGCAACGGAGGCAGAGGACCGGCCCCCAGGGCCCCAACAUAGAGCGGGCCAUGGUGGAGGCGGAAGAGGCGGCCAAUCGCGUAUUAGGCGGUGA